CAGCCCUGGGGGCUGGGGCGGGAACGGGUGACGGCGUCAAGAACCCGACCGUUCGGGAAUCGAAAACAUAGAGGUCGCCUUCUCGCUUCCACCAUUAUAUUAGGGAGCAGAGCUGCCUUGCCUUUUCUCUCUUCCUCUCUCUCUCUCUCUCUCUCUCUCUCUCUCUCCAUCCACACACUUCUUUUCCAAUCCCUGCUGAUCUCAGCCGAUACCGUCCUUCCGUCUCGCCGGAAGCUGUUCGAGCUUUAACGCCGGACGAGAGGGGGGGAGAAGAGAGUGCAGUCGUCCAAGGGGAAUCUCGCAAUAUUAAGGUAAUUUUGAUUGAAUUAUUCGCUUUUUUAUCCGAAUCUCGAUGUGUUUAUCCGAAUUUGUUUUCCAAUUUUUUUAUUGAAGAUGAAUAAUUCCGCGAAACGUUAAAUUGCCGUUAUCGAUGAUAUAUCCAUUAACGAAUUCAUUCGAGGAAGCUUGCUUCUCAUUUAUUUGCUCUUCCUUUCGUUUUUUUUUGGUUCCUCGCGGUGGAGAGCUCGACGGGGUUGAUGCUACGGCGGCGUCUUUGGUAUUCUCAGAUCAUCAAAUCGUGAUGGAUGCGGUUGUCUGGGUGCUGCUGAACUUGCAGCCGAUUUGAAUUGCCUUUAGGUUUAAACCGCGAUCCAACCUGCUCAAGAUUGGGUCAAAUUAAGUCUAUUUGGAGUCGGUGGAGUGGAGACUAAUUCUGGAGAUCCAUAUCUGACCUGAUUGGAGGUCAAAGUCCAGGCACUGUGGAUUAGCAUACACCUGAGGAGAUGUUGGAGGGGUCAGGCUUUCAGCUGGUUGUGAUUGGGUCACUGGCUCUCUCGGUUGCAUCCUCGGUCUCCAUUGUCAUCUGCAACAAAGCUCUCAUUAGCUCCCUGGGCUUCCCUUUCGCAACCACCUUGACAAGCUGGCAUCUAAUGGUUACAUUCUGCACGCUCCAUGCUGCGCAAUGCCUGCACUUCUUCGAGCCUAACUCCGUUGAUGGAAAGACGGUGGUCGUCUUUGGCUUGCUUAACGGCACCUCCAUUGGCUUCCUCAACCUCAGCCUAGGCUUCAACUCCAUUGGAUUCUACCAGAUGACUAAACUCGCCAUUAUACCCUUCACGGUGCUGCUGGAGACCAUCUUCCUAAAGAAAAAAUUCAGCCGGAGUAUCAAGCUCUCUCUUCUGGUGUUGCUCAUUGGAGUUGGCAUUGCAUCUAUCACUGAUCUAAAGCUCAAUCUUCUCGGCUCCAUUCUUUCCCUCCUUGCCAUUGCUACGACAUGUGUUGGCCAAAUUAUGACAAGCACGAUACAGAAGAGAUUGAAGGUCUCCUCCACACAGCUCCUCUACCAGUCCUCACCCUACCAGGCGGCUAUCUUGUUUCUCACUGGCCCUUUCGUGGACCAAUUGCUCACCAAGCGCAGUGUUUUUGCCUACAGCUACUCUCUUGUGGUUUUGGGAUUCAUCAUCCUAUCUUGCUUGAUUGCGGUGUCUGUAAACUUCAGCACAUUCUUGGUGAUCGGGACGACGUCGCCAGUGACAUACCAGGUGCUCGGCCACCUGAAGACAUGUCUCGUCCUUUCUUUUGGCUACAUUCUACUGCAUGACCCCUUCACUGUAAGGAACAUUAUAGGCAUCCUAAUUGCCAUCUUUGGCAUGGCUCUGUACUCUUACUCCUGCGUACGCGAGGCCAAGAAGAAAUCAGCCAAUGAUGUCUUGCCCGUCUUGCAGCUUAGAGAAUUUCUAUUUGUCCUAGGGGUGCAAAAGAGCCAAGCGGAGCUGAGUAGUUGGUUACUCAGGCUCGGCUCACUAUAUAGUAGGCCUGAUCGAGCUUGACUCGAAUUCGGGCUAAGCUUGAAAGAAGCUGUUCGAGCACAAUUAGCAAGUAUCCGAUGUUCAAGCUCUAGAAUCUGGUUGAGCUCAGCUCAUUUCCUCGAUGAUGCAAGCUCGAAUGAGCUACCAUAAAGCUGAUGCUGAGCUGUUCACAAACAGCUCGGACUUUGUUUGCAGCCUUAAUUUUGAUAUCUUCUUAACAUGAGAAGAUGAGUGAUACAACAUUAGUUUACAAUGUGUAAAUUGUAGAAGUCUGUCCUCAUGUUUCAUUGAAGGAAGCUUAUAUUAACUUCGCGUUUCUUGAAACUUCACAAGUUUUUUCAAGAUGUUCUCUGAACAUUUUCUUUGUGCCACAAAAAGCCUAAUUCAUACACUUUCUACUUGGAUUUCUUUAGUAAAAA